UGUGAGGAUGUGGGUAACUGAUAUAAAGUUAUAAAAUAACGUAAUAAAAUAUCAGAUAUAGUAGAUGCCACAGAAUCAAGCAAGGAGCUAAAAUCAAAUUGAAGAGGCACGAGGGGCAAAACAAUACUGCAGGACUCAAUAUACAAGACUGGAGACCUAUUAACUGAAGAAUGGCACAAGUUAAAUCCAGUCUCUCUAAAAAUGAACACCAGCUGCUUCUUUCUCUCUUUGACUCAGUAAGUUUCACCCUUCUGUACAAAGCCAGCGUCCAUGGAUACAAUGCUGCGAAUUUCCAUUACAAAUGUGACAAUCAAGGUCCCACCCUCACAGUAGGCUACAACAACUCUGGAUACAUAUUUGGGGGCUACACCUGUAUGAGCUACAGCCAGUCUGGUGGUUACAAAGCUGAUAAUUCAGCCUUCCUUUUCUACCUUAAAAACGAAGACAAAAAAAGUGAACCUGUGAGAAUUCCUGUUACAAAAGCUGAAAAUGCCAUCUAUGAUGUUAAUAACCGGGGUCCUGACUUUGGAACAGCUUUGCAGUUCCUAUAUAACAACAGCGCAGCAAUCUACAGUAAUCCAGGAAACACUUACACGUUUGAACCUUUGGAGUUUUGCGGAAAUGAUUUUAAACUCAGAGAAUGCGAAGUGUAUCGAGUGGAAUUAAUUGAAGAUUUAUUGGAGAAGCCAUGGAGGAGCAUUCAGUGGAAGGCUGAGAGGAAAAAAGAGUUGAUGAACCUCAUCAUGACAUACAAGCCGACUGUAACCUCAGUUUCCCAAGUCAGAGUUCUUCUUGUUGGUCCCAUUGGAGCUGGGAAGUCCAGUUUUUUCAAUUCAAUAAACUCUGUUUUUCGUGGCCAUGUAACUAGCCAAGCCAUUGCUGGCUGUGCAGUGACCAGUGUGACCAAACAGUUUCGGACUUAUUCAAUCAAGGCCGGCCGAGAAGGCAAGCAGUUGCCUAUUGUUUUGUGUGACACAAUGGGCUUGGAGGAAGUCAGUGGUGCUGGUGUAUGUGUGGAGGACAUCGCCAACAUCGCUAUGGGGAAUAUUCCUGACAGAUAUCAGUUCAAUCCAUCUGCUCCAAUACAUUCCAAGAUACCUGGAUGCAUAAAAUCUAAAACCAUAAAGGAUAAAAUCCACUGUGUUGCCUUUGUGAUUGAUGCCUGCAAGGUCAAGAUCAUGCCAUCAAAACUGGAAGAUAAACUGCUUGCUAUCCGUGAAAAGUUAAACUUGUUAGGUGUGCCACAGCUGGUUCUGCUGACCAAAGUGGAUGAGGCCUGUCCUUUGGUGGCUGAGGAUAUAAGAAAUGUGUAUCGCAGCAGAUUUACUGAAAGAAAGAUUCAAGAGGUGGGAGCUAGGCUUGGAGUUCCAGUCUCUUGCAUUGUUCCAAUACAAAAUUAUUCUAGAGAGCUGGAACUGGAUGACAACGUAAAUAUUCUGCUGCUCAGCGCCAUAAUUCAGAUGUUGCGGUUUGCAGAUAAUUAUUUUGAUGACAUCAGCUAUGAGGAGAUGAAUGAUAUGGAUACAGACUCCCUAUUAGAAAAUAACUUUUGUGAACUACGAAGCCGCAGCAUCACUGACUCCUUUGAGCUGAGAACUGGACGAAUUCCCAAAAGAGAGUUAAGCAUACAUGACAAGGCGAAAAGAAGCUGGACUGAAUGUACAGUGAUGUGACAGAGAACAAUAGGCUUUGUUUUACCUGUCUGUUCUUCAUGUAUAUGUAAUUAUUAAACAAAUAUUAAUUAGUGCCAGAUGAUCUAUGCAAAUCAUAAAAACUUUUGAAAACAUUAAAAUUACUUUGUGAGUGUUACUGUGAUCUAGACACUGACCUAAAAAUAAAUAUUGCUUCUCUAACCCUAAUAGUGGUUAAGAGGUGGAGUGGCUGAGAUAUAAAACAGAUCAACACCUAGAAGUCUUUAUGUUAUCCAAAGUAACAAAAAUCAGAAGGUGUCAUGAAAUCUCACAGUCGGAAAAAAAAUUUACUCCAACACCUAAGGCAUCUAUAAAUACGGUUAAAAACCAGAACUUCAACCUUUGAGGUAUUCCUUGAUUAAAGUAAAGAUCUUACUUAAAUGUAAUAACCUCCUUUCAGGCUCUCUGACAGAACUGACAAGAUAGUUGACUCUUCCUAAAAACAGCUUGAUGAAUCUCACAGAUACUAUUGAGCUAACAGAAGUACGGCAGACCUACGACUAAAAUAAGUCCCUUGACUUUUAUAUUGUGGUCCAGCUGGCUGCUCAGAAGAACAGAAAUGAGAAACACAACUCCCAGGUUUAUAAUCAAGUUAUGCUAAAAAAAAGUUAACAAACAUGAUUUGUUUUUCUUUUAAUAAUUUUACUUAUUAGAAUAUAACUAA